AGGUUGCGGCAACGUGAGUGUCGUUGGAGGCAGAGCCGCCAGGGGGCGCUGGUUGCCUUUCUGCCCGGCGCGGUUGCGCUGCCGGCGCUGACCACUCGGUCCCGCUGCCCGCUCGGCGCGUGGCGGCCGGGCAUGAGUGCGCUGCCGCAUUGCCCGCGCUCCGCGGCCCCGGCGCCGCCUCCUUGCGCGCUCUGAGCUGCUCCUGUACUCGCUGACCCGGCGAAGAGGGGACCAUGGGCUACCUUUCCGAAGUCGAGUGGCUGUGAGGCGGCUGGCGUUCGCUUGGGGAGCAGGGGAGCCCUCGGCGAGCCAGACCUGAAUCGGGGGGGCUGCGGUCGAGCGGGGAGCGCCGCUCCCAGCCGGCGGCGGACACGCACGCAGCGCCUCGGUGUCGGGGACUUGGAGGUGUCCGCUCCGCCGUCUGCACCCACGCUGCGACAGUGGAUGGAUGCGCCAUGGCCACGCUGGUGUGCAGGGUACAGCUGCUGGAUGAUACCGACCCCUUCAACAGCACCAACUUCCCCGAACCCACCCGGCCGCCGCUCUACACCUUCCGGGAGGACAUCCCGCUCGCCACCCAGCUGGCUGGAGUGCACCGGCUCCUCCGCGCCCCGCAGAAGCUUGAUGACUGCACCCUGCAAUUGUCUCACAAUGGUACCUAUCUGGAUCUAGAAUCUACCCUAGCAGAACAAAGAGAUGAGUUGGAAGGCUUCCAGGAGGAUGCUGGGAGGGGCAAGAAGCACAGUAUAAUCCUGAGGACCCAGCUCUCAGUCAGAGUUCACGCCUGCAUCGAAAAGCUUUACAAUUCCAAUGGGCGGGAGCUGAGACGAGCACUUUUCUCCUUGAAACAGAUAUUUCAGGAUGACAAGGACUUGGUUCAUGAGUUUGUGGUUGCGGAAGGUCUGACGUGCUUAAUCAAAGUGGGAGCGGAGGCAGACCAGAACUAUCAGAACUACAUCCUGAGAGCCUUGGGCCAGAUAAUGCUGUAUGUUGAUGGCAUGAAUGGAGUAAUAAAUCAUAACGAGACAAUCCAAUGGCUGUACACACUUAUUGGCUCAAAGUUCCGCCUGGUGGUAAAGACAGCCCUGAAGCUGCUGCUGGUGUUUGUGGAAUACACAGAAUCCAACACGCUGCUUCUAGUGCAGGCAGUUUCUACUGUGGAUGAGAAGAGAGGAGCCAAACCGUGGUCCAACAUCAUGGAGAUCCUGGAGGAAAAGGACGGUGUUGAUACUGAACUGCUGGUUUAUGCAAUGACCUUGGUUAACAAGACACUGUCGGGGCUGCCAGAUCAGGACUCUUUCUACGACGUGGUGGACUGUCUGGAAGAGCUAGGCAUUGAAGCUGUUUCGCAGAGACACUUGACCAAGAAAGGAACAGACCUGGACUUAGUUGAGCAAUUUAACAUUUACGAGAUGAUGCUCAAACAUGAGGAUGGAGAUGAGAGUGCCACCCUCCCUGCCAGCGGCCACAAGGAGCGGAGGAGGGCCAGUAUUGGUGCGGGUGAGCGGCGGGGGUUAGAGCGCCGCCGGAGCCGCAGGCACUCGGUGCAGAGCGGCACAAGUGCUUCGUCUGCCCCCGCGAGUCCAUGCGGUCAGUCAAACCCCAGCUUCCUGCUAGGCCACAGGCAGCGUGUUGAAGAGCUUGGUGAGAGAAAAGAGGAAGAAUAUGAAGAGGAGGAAGAAGAACAGCCAGUCACAGAGCCUAAUACUGAGGAUGAGGGAGAGGAAGAAGCCAGUAGACAGGUCAAAGCCAGUGUGGUUCCCGGUUCACGGGAGGCUGUGAAUGAAAACAUUUCACGGCGUUCUGAUUCUUCAGCUGAUUCCAGUGCCAUUUCUUCAGCUCAGAGGCCUCUCUCCUAUGCUAAAGCAAAGAGCCCUUCUAGCAGCUUCCCUUCUGUGCCUGACUCAUCUGUUUCUCAUCACAAUUCUGUCCUUUCGUCACCGUCUUCACCUGCGGCAGCGUUGCUGAGCUCUUCUCAAAACUCAUCAGCGUCCAUUACUCCAAAGGCAUCUCCAACAGUGGAGAAAUUACCUUAUGUACCACAUACUCCUUUUCACCUCUUCUCCUACGAUUUUGAAGAGCCUUCAGCAUCUGUGAAAGAAAAAGAAGCAGAAAUGAUGAGGGAAAACAGAUACAAUAGCUAUGGCAGCAGCUAUUACUCUUCUCCACAACCUAAUUGUGCUGUGAGUGCUCCUGCAACACCCACUGCUCGUUAUGGGACAGCUGUCUCACCGCCUCAAGAGACCAAAACUGACAGGCCAGCUUUGGGUGGUCUCCUCACGUCAUCUUUUCGGCAGCACCAGGAGUCUUUGGCAGCAGAAAGAGAAAGACGGCGUCAGGAGAGAGAAGAGAGGUUGCAAAGGAUAGAACGUGAAGAAAGAAACAAAUUCAACCGUGACUACUUAGACAAAAGAGAAGAACUCAGACAUGCAAGAGAAGAGAGAUACAAAUACUUGGAGAGGUUGGCAGCAGAGGAAUAUGAGAAGGAGCUAAAAAGUCGAAGCGUAAGCCGAGGCAGAAGCGAUCUGUCCCUGAACCUGCUAUCUGCUUCAGCCCCAUCCUCACCUGUACCCAAGUGCAUCAGUCUAGCACGCACAGAGUCCCAGGAAGAGCUGAAGACCCCUUCCACUCCUUUUGGGAGUCAGCCCUCAGAAGCCAGUGCCAGUGAACCCGACCCAGAGACAGAGACAGAACCAGAACCAGAGCAGGAGGCUGGGGCUGAGGCCGAGCAGGGAACGGAGACAACCAAGGAAAUAGAGGCUACAGAGGUGGGACCAGAGAGUGAGGUGAAACAAGGACCAGAGAGAGAGCCAGAAGAAAGUGCAAUACUCAGUGAAAAAGAGAGGCAGAAUGAGGAAGUGAAUGAAAAAGACAACUGCUCUGCAUCCAGCAUAUCCUCAGCAAGCAGCACUUUAGAGAGGGAAGAGAGAGAGGACAAGUUAACCAGUGACAAUGAGACUGGUCCAUGGUCGCAGACCGUUCAGGAUGCUGGUGUGAAUGAGCAGUGCAGCAACAUCCUCAACAACAAACGGUUUAUGCUGGACAUGUUGUAUGCACAUAACAAAAAGCCCAAGGAUGAAGAGGAGAAGGAGCUGGAGGCGAGUGAAGAAAAGAAGGAGACGGAAGAGAGUGAAGAGUCACUCACUAGUCUAGCCAGUAGAAUAUCUAUCCUUCAGGCCACAAAGCAGGCCAAAGGUGAAAGUGUCAAAAAGAUGGAGAUUGGAAAUUUAGAUAACCAAGGCAGUGUAAAAGCCUUCGCAGAAAAAUUCAACAAUGGGGAGCUGGUCAAGGGAGCAACCACGCCUGAAGAAGAAAUCAGUGAACAGGCCCUUGAGAAAACACCAACGCAGCCAAAGAAGGAAUCUGACUACAUCUGGGAUCAGCUCAUGGCUAAUCCUAGAGAACUUAGAAUCAAAGACAUGGAUUUCACAGACUUGGGGGAGGAGGAUGAUGUAGAUGUACUGGACAUGGAUAUGGGUCUUGGGGACUCCCUUGUUCCACCUCCCCCACCUCCACCUUCCUUUCUGGGUUUGCCCCCCCCCCCACCUCCUCCACUAUUUGGAUGUCUCCCUCCACCUCCACCCUCUGCUAAUUUAUUGGCUCCUCCUCCAGUGUUGAGCACUCCUCAGGGUUUAGGGUCACCCCAGGUCUCUAGGGGUCAGGCAGCAUUUAUAAAGAAGAAGAAAACCAUUCGUCUGUUUUGGAAUGAGGUACGACCCUUCGAAUGGCAGUGUAGGAACAACAAACACUGCCGAGAAUUCUUGUGGUCAAAACUGGAACCCAUUAAGGUGGACACUUCCAAACUGGAGCAUCUUUUUGAGUCUAAAUCCAAGGAACUGCCUGUCACAAAGAAAACUGCUGCAGAUGGGAAGCGACAGGAGAUCAUUGUAUUGGAUUCAAAACGAAGCAACACUAUUAAUAUUGGCUUGACUGUGUUGCCCCCUCCCCGCACUAUCAAGACUGCUAUUUUGAACUUCGACGAGUAUGCCUUAAACAAAGAAGGGAUAGAGAAAAUCCUGACCAUGAUCCCAACUGAGGAGGAGAAGCAAAAGAUCCAGGAGGCACAGCUGGCAAACCCCGACGUCCCACUGGGCAGCGCUGAGCAAUUCCUGCUCACCCUCUCCUCCAUCAGUGAACUCUCUGCCAGGCUCCAGCUCUGGGCUUUCAAGAUGGACUAUGAGAUAGUGGAAAAGGAAGUUGCAGAACCACUUCUAGAUCUGAAGGAAGGAAUGGACCAACUGGAGCACAAUAAAACUUUGGGAUUUAUCCUUUCUACUCUGCUAGCCAUUGGGAAUUUUCUGAAUGGAACCAACGCCAAAGCUUUUGAAUUGAGCUACCUUGAGAAGGUUCCAGAAGUCAAGGACACGGUACACAAGCAGUCCCUCCUGCACCAUGUCUGCACUAUGGUGGUGGAAAAGUUCCCAGACAGCACUGAUCUUUAUUCAGAGAUUGGGGCCAUCACUAGGUCAGCCAAGGUUGACUUUGAACAACUCCAGGAAAAUCUGUGCCAGAUGGAAAGACGCUGCAAAGCAUCAUGGGAUCACCUUAAGGCUAUAGCAAAGCAUGAAAUGAAGCCGACUCUGAAGCAAAAGAUGUCUGAGUUCCUGAAAGACUGUGCAGAAAGAAUCAUAAUCCUGAAGAUUGUUCAUAGAAGGAUAAUUAACAGGUUCCACUCGUUUCUGCUGUUCAUGGGCCACCCUCCCUAUGCAGUCCGUGAGGUCAACAUCAACAAGUUCUGCAAAACUAUUAGCGAGUUUGCCCUGGAGUACCGCACCACCAGGGAGCGAGUGCUGCAGCAGAAACAGAAGCGAGCCAACCACAGGGAAAGGAACAAGACCAGGGGGAAAAUGAUCACAGAUUGGCAAACCGAUGAAGAGGAGGAUGCUGAGUCUGGCAAGUUCUCCAGCAGCUCGCCCCACUGCCAGACCCAGUCCCAAGGGUUGCAGUAUGCUGAGGAUGCUGCAGAGCAUGAGAACAUGAAGGCUGUGCUGAAGACGACCUCUGUUGGUGGGGAGAGCACCACGGCACUGGGGGUUCGCACUCGAAGCCGGACCAGCCAAGGCCGUGUGGGUUCGUGGAGCGCUGGCAAUGACGACUCACCUAACGCAACAGACGAUGCAGCAGAUGAGAUCAUGGACCGCAUUGUUAAGUCUGCCACCCAAAUGCCAAGCCAGAGAGCCAUGCCUAGAGAGAGGAAGCGGUCACGAGCCAAUAGAAAGUCCUCCCUGGAAACAAAAUGUCUACUGCUGCUUGGCUGCAAAGUGGUCAUAGAGGAGAUUAACUUUAACUGGGAAGCAAAGCAUUUCUGGGAAGUUAGGACAAAGGGGAGACAACAACAUGAGAAGGACACUAAAGAGUGGACUGACACCAGAAGAAGCCAAGGCACUGGGCCUCAUCAGCACCUCUGAGAUGCAGGUUUGACAUCGCAGAGAUGGCAACAAGAAGUCGUUCGUCUGAAGCUCACAGGCUGACAACCCUUGGGCAUGGCGCUGACCUGCCAGCCUCUUCUACUGCUCUCAACAUCCCAUUCUUUGUUAGUUUGGUUUUAAUAAGCAACAGAAAGCAAAGCCCCACAGCCAGAAUGACACCCAGACAGUCACUGAGGAAGCAUUUUAGUGCUUGUAGGAGAAAGCAUGCAGCUUCUGGCACUGCGUGUUGACAUGGCUAGGAGAGAGCUCUCUCUCUCUGGUGAGAUGAGUUCAUGUUGGCUUUCCUUCUGCCCUGUUUCAGUCGUUGUAAAUGUAUGGCAUUUUGUCAAUGUAAGGAACAGUCCUUAAAGAGGCAAAAGGACUUUUGUUGUAGCAACCCCAAUUUCCCUGAGCAGAUUGAUGGCGCAAGGAUGCGCAGCCUGUGCAAGCCUGUGGUUUAUUUUGGGGGUGUUAUUAUUUUGCCACCAAAGAAUGUAAAAAAUGUGUAUCUUUGUAUAUGUACAGAAUGGAUGUGUGAACAUGUAUGUAUUUAUAUGCAUACAGUCUUGGUGUGAAAUCAUGCUCCUGCUGAAUCUGGCUGGACCAUAACUUUCACUCUGAGGCCUUACCCUUCCACCUGGACAAGAGGACGAUAAUGUCUUUUUGUAGCAACUCGGUGUAUUUAAUGUGAUUCACCCUGCGGCCAGGAGAUGGCCUGCAAUACACGUGGGAAGUUCAGGAUGCUGAAUUCGUGUGUGUUAAUGCACACUCAUCCUGUACAUAACAGGAGUCACACAGAAGGAAGGACACAGAAUACCUCCACCUCGCUGAGCUGUGGCAGUACCAUGCAUCUGUACAGUUUCAAAGAGACCUGUGACAAUAGUUUUAUAUAUUUGAUAAGUACACUCAGAUGCUAAGAUCAAAAUGUUUUGUUCACUUGCCUGUGCCCUUCAUGCUGCUUUUCUCUGCUACAAGAUAAUGUAGUGGUGAUUUUACUUCAAAAUGAUGGAUCUGGAUAUGAAACGGCCCUGCUAAAAGCCUGCUGUGUUUUUGCUGUGUUUUACUCUUUUUGUGUGAUGAUCUUUGAUGAGAGUGGAAAGGGUACUGCAGUGAACACUCCAAUAUGUUUGCCUUUAUCUCACUGUUUUAUAUCCAACUUUGUUAACUACCAUCAGCAUGUGUGUUUGAUGAACCUUCAGUAAGCUGAAGAGAAGGUUGUGGAGUCUCCUUCUCUGGAGCCUUUCAAGGCCUGUCUGGAUGUGUUCCUCUGUCAUCUGUGUUAGGUAGUAUUGUCCUGCUCCAGCAGGGGGGUUGGACUCGAUCUCUUUGGGUCCCUUCCAACCCCUAACAUCCUAUGAUCCUAUAAUCCUGUGAUAAGCUCAUCUGCCUUUAAGUGGAGGACAUGUUCAGCAGUGAAGAUUAAUUGACCACAGUUACCCUAGUCAGUGCUGAAGCACUUUGAAGAGAACUGCAAAUAUUAAUAACAUAAAAGGGAUUUUUUUGUUUAAAGCCAAAGUCUGUAUACGACCAAUUGAUCCUCAAGGAUGCACACAAUUAUCUCUCCAUUGCCUUAGCCUCAUCUCUUCAGAUUAAGUGUGUGUCUGCACAGCAGUAAUAGCUGAGGCUUCCCUCAAGCUAGUUAACUGGGGAACUUGUUAAGUAGAGUUGCUAGUUAACUGGAUUCUACUUUGGCUUCAAAGCACACUUGAAAUGUAGCAUUAAUUAAUAGUCUAUGCUGGGCUCCUAAUGGCACAGCUUUGUUGUUUCUGGCACGUAACCAAGAUCAGGUACAGCAACAAGUUAUUCUGCUCUGCUCUCAUUAAGGACAGGAUAAUUGCUGAAAAUUGGUCAGGAUAGUUGGAUGAAAGACAGUAAACCUUUGAAACCUCAGUCACCUACCAUACUGCACUCAGCACAGCAGCCAAGUCACGAGAAAAGCAGGUAGUUGACAAGGCUACCGUGAGAUCUGUAGUAGAACAGCCUAUCUGCCCCUCCUUUGGUAAUAACAGUUCAUUGGUUUUUGUUUCCUUGGAUCUUUCUCUGUUCAAGUCCAUGAUCACUAAUUGAGCAAAGGUUCUUAAGGACAGCAUUGAGUUUGAUCUGGUUUUCCCAUCAGCUUCUUAAAACAUCAGCUGUACAAGUAGGCAGAAGACAGUAGACAUGUAAAAUGUGUUGUGUAUUUGAAAGCUGUGAAAGGAGGAAACUGUUGAGGAAAUGGAAAGAGGAGCUAUAUCAUUAAUCAUGCUGUAAAAUAAGUAAGGCUCACAAGGUUUUAAAGGGGAUGUUUUUGUGCUGCUCACCAUUAUGGACUGCUUCAUCUUUCUGAAAGAUACUUAGAACAAAGAAAUGAAGGUCAUGGGGGUUUGUGGAGGUCUGAAUAAAAAGAAAGGCACCCUGAAUGUAGCAAUUAUAAUGAAAUGUUAUGCUGAUUAAGUGAUAAAAGAAGCCAAAAUGUAAGAAAAUGCAUUUAUGUUUACAGAAGUAUUAUACAUGAUUGGAGGGAGAAAAUCAAACAAGUCCAGGGAAGAAAGACAUUUUCUUUCUGGUGGUCCAGAUGCAAGCUUCUUUCUUCUCCAUUUUUCCAUUGUGUUUGGUUGUCUGUGUUUUUGCCUAAGCUUCUGCCCUCUGUAAAAUCAAUACCUUUUUUAUGAAGGGUAGCUCAGACUUGUUAUGCAGUAGUAUACAAUAAGAUUAAUUCCACUGUCCUCAGGUUUUACUGAAACAAAACCAUCAAAACCAGUAAGAAUGUUACAGCUACAGAACAGAUUUCCAUUUUUGUUCAUGGUAAAAAUGGCCAGUGGCCCAGUGCUCUCCUCUCUAAAGUGGCAGUGUUUGCCUUGGAGUCUGCUGGGCUGUCCUGACUAUCUGAAUAAUGUUUGUUCCACUUUGGCUAAUGGAUUGCUUUUGUGACAAGCAUAAAGGUCUUGGAAAUGCAAUGUGGUGGCACAUGUUCCCAUUUCUCAUUCAGACAUCCAUGGAGGCUGUAUUUAAACACUUGCAGCCAUAAUAACUACCUCUCUUACUCAUAGUAACAGUCUGCUGCAAAAGUAGUGGCCAGAAUUCUGUAUCUCCAACUUCUCAGAGUCACUAAGGGUGUUCAUUUCAGCAUCCAGCUGCUGCUGAGUAACUUGACUAGAAUCAUAGAAUCAUAAAAUCAACCAGGUUGGAAGAGACCUCCA